AUCCAUCUGCAAUUACAAGUCAAGUCAUAUCAACAGCGAGAUCAGCGACGAGAGCCUGGCUUGUGUAGGCACUUCGCCUCACUGACAGGCAUGGAGAGCCUGCUGGACAACCCCAUGAAAGCUGUCCUGUAUCUCAAGGAGCUUACCACCAUCGUGCAGAACCAGCAGAGUCUGAUCCAAACACAGCGGCAGCGGAUAGACGAGCUUGAGCGGAGGGUGGAGGAGCUGAUCGGCGAGAACCGGCAACUGAAAGAGCAGCAUCAGCCUCACCACUACCAUCACCACCACCACCACCCGGCGCCGCGCAGUGCCAGCCCUCAGUCCGCAGCGCUCCCACAUCAGCACCCGGGCAACAGCAAAGCCGGGACACAUCCGGGACAGCAGCCACAGCAGCCCAGGCAGCACCCGUCGCAGUCCCAGCAGCAUCUACAACUGGUGCCCGCGACCUCGCCGUCCCCGCAGUCUAGCCCUACUAGCCCGGACUCUGCUGAGGACUGCUGCAAGUCGCUGGUCCUGCAGAAGCCCGCCACCAUCUGCCGCUCCGUGGUGCUAGGGAGAAAGCCAGAAAACAAGACUGUAUUGCACCAGUUCUGCUGUCCAGCAGCUGACACUGAUCAAAAAGCAGAUUCUUCAAGUUGUUCUACAAGCGACUCCAAGCCUGCAAGCUGUGACCUGGGGGAGACAGGUGAGACGGAGGGCAGAGGGGAGGAGGAGGAGGAGGAGGAGGAGGAGGAGGCAGGAACGGGCCAGCAAGCACCAGAUGGCGGUGGCCCGACGCUGAUUGGAGUGGAGAGCUCAGGUGGCCGGGGUGCGCCCACCACGGCGGGGCAGAAAGCCAGCCUCCAUCACACGGCCUCUCCCAUGAGGGUACAGAGGAACAAAGGAGCCAGCUCCUGCUCACACUCAUCCACAUCUGACUAUGAGCUCUCGCUUGACCUCAAAAACAAACAGAUCGAAAUGCUAGAGCACAAAUACGGAGGCCAUCUGAUCUCACGCAGAGCCGCAUGUACCAUCCAAACAGCUUUCCGGCAGUACCAGCUCAGCAAGAACUUCGAGAAGAUACGCAACUCACUUUUGGAAAGUCGCCUGCCACGCCGUAUCUCCCUACGCAAAAUAAGGUUGCAAAAUUCAGAAGGUUUCUCUACUGAAAAAGCCCUUGUUGAAGGCUACAACUUUGUAGGCAUACCUUUAGUCCGUUCUCCCUCACUUCCAGCUACUAUCAGUGGUGCUCUGACUGAGCUGGAAGACUCAUUCACUGAGCAGGUGCAGUCAUUGGCCAAAUCAAUUGAUGAUGCCCUUAGCACCUGGAGCCUAAAAACAAUGUGCUCUCUUCAGGAAGGUGGAACCUAUCAGAUCACUGAAACCUUUAAAACAUCUGGUCCCAAUCCGGGAGGCAAAGAGAUGUGUGCUGGGGAGACUGCAGGCCAAGAUAUUAGAGAUGACAUUAACCAGUCUGAUGCUCUGCCACGCAGUGCCAGCACCUUAAUGAUGGCAUUCCGAGAUGUUACAGUGCAAAUUGACAAGCAGAACUUCUGCAUGUCUUCUUCAGUUAUGGAAUCUACUUCCGUUUCUCUCAGUAACUGUCUUCCACAGGACAGUGAAACAAUCUGUUUGGAAGAAAAAGAGGUCAAGGAGAAUACUCCUGAAGAUAGAAUACCUGAGGGAGAACCUACAGAAGCAAGCGAGGAAAUGAAAGAGUUUCCAGAUCCACCUCCUAGUGAGGAGGAGGAGAACAAUACGAAAGAGCAGCAACUUGUUUUGCAGAAAAUAGAAAAUGCAGAGCCUGAUAGCACACAGGAAGUGGUUGAGGCCAAGAGAACAGAAUCAGAAAUAGCGGACAAUAGCUCUGAGCAAAUGAGCAGCAGCAGCACGUCCACAUCAGCCAAGUCAGCCUCUGAGGUUUCCUCCAAAGAGGCCCUCCAGGCCAUGAUUCUCAGCCUACCCAGGUACCACUGCGAAAAUCCAGCCAGCUGUAAAUCACCGACCCUCUCCACUGAUGUCAUGAGAAAGCGUCUGUACAGGAUUGGUCUCAACUUGUUUAACAUAAACCCAGACAAAGGGAUCCAGUUCCUUAUCUCCCGAGGCUUCAUUCCGGAUACCCCCAUUGGAGUUGCGCAUUUUUUACUCCAGAGAAAGGGGCUGAGCCGCCAGAUGAUCGGGGAAUUUCUUGGUAACAGCAAGAAGCAGUUCAACAGGGAUGUCUUGGACUGUGUGGUGGACGAGAUGGACUUUUCUGGCAUGGAGCUUGAUGAGGCAUUAAGAAAAUUUCAGGCUCACAUCAGGGUGCAAGGUGAAGCUCAGAAGGUUGAAAGACUAAUAGAGGCUUUCAGCCAGCGCUACUGCAUGUGUAACCCAGAUGUAGUCCAGCAAUUCCAUAACCCGGACACAAUCUUCAUCCUUGCCUUUGCUAUCAUCCUUCUGAACACGGAUAUGUACAGCCCUAACAUAAAGCCAGACCGUAAGAUGAUGUUGGAAGACUUCAUUCGCAACUUACGUGGUGUAGAUGAUGGUGCAGAUAUUCCACGAGAGAUGGUUGUGGGAAUAUAUGAACGAAUCCAACAGAGAGAGCUGCGAUCCAAUGAAGACCAUGUGACUUAUGUGACCAAGGUGGAACAAUCCAUUGUAGGAAUGAAAAGUGUGCUGUCAGUUCCUCACCGGAGAUUAGUUUGCUGCAGUCGUCUUUUCGAGGUUUCAGACAUUAACAAGGCCCAGAAACAGGCGGCUCAUCAACGAGAAGUGUUCCUGUUUAAUGACUUGUUGGUGAUUCUAAAGCUAUGUCCAAAGAAGAAAAGUUCGGCUACUUACACUUUUUGCAAAGCUGUGGGUCUUCUAGGAAUGCAAUUUCAUCUGUUUGAAAAUGAAUAUUACCCUCAUGGCAUCACAAUAAUUGCCCCUUUCUCGGGAUCAGAAAAGAAGCAAGUAUUGAACUUUUGUGGCCAAAGUGCAGAGGAGCUGCUAAAACUUGUGGAAGAUCUCAAAGAAUCCAUCGCAGAAGUGACAGAAAUGGAACAAAUACGCAUUGAAUGGGAACUGGAGAAGCAACAAGGAGCAAAAAGUCAUCCUACAAAAAACAAUGGAAGUCAGUUAGGGCUUCGAGGAAAACAAGGCUCCCCACCAGUUUCAGGAACCUGGGAAACUGAACUCCAGAGAAGUACUUGAAAAAAAAUGAAUUUAUGGCCUUGUGUUCAUUAUCUGCCGAUCUCUCUUUUCAGUGAAAAUGAGGACUGUAUUUACAAAUAUUUAGAUAACCAGCAUCCUUAUGUAAACUGCACAAAGCAUUAGCUGCAAAAAAAAGGGUACAACCUGCAGGUUAAAUUCAAGAAAGAAUGUUAUCUGAUCUCUUUUUACUCUAAAAUAUUUUGUUUGACUGCAUUGCCAUUCCCAAUAUUCGAAAGAAACAACAAAACUUUCUCAUGGCUUACUGAUCUCUGUAAUGUCAUUCUUGAUAUUUAGGUUUUUAUUAACAAAUGUUGAGCUAUACUUUUAAGUGUAAAUUAAUGAAAAGGUAAAAAAAUCUGAUAUGAUACCACCAUAACUCUUCCCUUCAUUUCAGGAGUUCCUGUCUGACCAUCUGGUUUAAUGAAGUAUAGUUGUGAGCUGGUAUUUAAAUAUUUUGGGUUUGAAAAGAUUACAUCUAAUAUUAUUGGCCACAUGGUGGCAGAGUGCAAAAUGUUACUGGCUCACUGUUCCAAUACACAAAGUUUAAAUUAUGGCUUGCUAUCUUAGUGGAAUUAAAACAUUCUUCUUUGGCUGCAUGAGAUUUUUCUCAGAUUACUCUAGUUUUCCCUCCAUAUCCCAAAGGAACAUGAGAAAUAACAUUCUAGAAAAGAGUUACCUAGGUUCAUCUUUGGGAAAAGGAUGUUAAACAUAGAGCUGCCGGGAUAGAGGAAAAGAGGAAGGCCUAAGAGAAGAUUUAU